GCAAAGAAAAGCAAUGAAUUCUAGGCUGAACUUGCGACCCGCCUGGUUUGUAUUUAAAUAGCACGGCGGGGCAGCAAAAGGGACGGUCCGAAAGGCGGGGCGGAAAGACCGGACGCGGAAGGCAGCUGAGGCCGUGAAAAGAAGAAGGCAUAGAACGAAGGGUGGAGGGCUGGAAGAGCCGCCAAGCUUCCCGGAGCUUGGUUGCCAUGGCGGUAUAUGCCAAAGCCACCAGAGGCCCGCAGCUGCUGCUGGUUCUGAGCGCCAUAGGACUCUUGGCCGCAGGUGCUCCACAGCCCCCCAACAUCGUGCUGCUGCUCAUGGACGAUAUGGGCUGGGGUGACCUGGGUGUUAAUGGAGAGCCUUCCAGAGAGACCCCAAAUUUGGACCGGAUGGCUAUAGAGGGCAUGCUUUUCCCAAACUUCUAUUCUGCCAACCCGUUGUGCUCACCAUCCAGGGCAGCCCUGCUCACGGGACGGCUGCCCAUCCGCAAUGGCUUCUAUACAUCCAACGCGCAUGCAAGAAACGCUUACACACCUCAGGAGAUCAUGGGUGGCAUCCCUGACUCAGAACUCCUCCUGCCUGAGCUCCUGAAGAAGGCAGGCUAUACCAACAAGAUCGUGGGCAAGUGGCAUCUAGGUCACAGACCCCAGUUCCACCCCCUGAAACAUGGAUUUGAUGAGUGGUUUGGAUCCCCCAACUGUCACUUUGGACCUUACGACAACAAGGUCAAGCCCAACAUCCCCGUGUACAGGGACUGGGAGAUGGUCGGCAGAUUUUAUGAAGAAUUCCCAAUUAACCUGAAGACCGGGGAAGCUAACCUCACCCAAAUCUACUUACAGGAAGCUCUAGACUUCAUCAGGACUCAGCAUGCAAGGCAAAGCCCCUUCUUCCUCUACUGGGCCAUCGACGCCACACAUGCACCAGUUUAUGCCUCAAGACCUUUCUUGGGUACCAGCCACCGAGGGCGGUAUGGUGAUGCUGUUCGGGAAAUAGAUGACAGUGUUGGAAAAAUUCUGAGCCUUUUGCAGAACUUGGGCAUCAGUAAGAACACUUUUGUCUUCUUCACAUCCGAUAAUGGUGCAGCCCUCAUUUCUGCUCCCAAAGAAGGUGGCAGCAAUGGUCCCUUCCUGUGUGGGAAGCAGACGACAUUUGAAGGUGGGAUGAGGGAACCUGCGAUCGCAUGGUGGCCGGGGCACAUUGCUGCAGGCCAGGUCAGCCGCCAGCUGGGAAGCAUCAUGGACCUCUUUACCACCAGCCUGUCCCUUGCAGGCCUGAACCCACCUAGUGACAGGGUAAUCGACGGACUUAACCUACUCCCCACCAUGCUCCAGGGCCACGUGAUGGACAGGCCCAUAUUUUAUUACCGUGGCAACACACUGAUGGCAGUCACUCUUGGCCAGUACAAGGCCUACUUCUGGACUUGGACCAACUCCUGGGAGGAGUUCAGACAGGGCAUUGACUUCUGCCCUGGUCAGAAUGUCUUAGGAGUCACAACCCAUUCCCAGGAAGAACACACGGAGCUACCCCUGAUCUUCCACCUGGGACGUGACCCAGGGGAGAGAUUCCCACUCAGCUUUGCCAGUGAUGAAUAUCAGGAUGCCCUCAGCAGGAUCACCCCAGUUGUCCAGCAGCACCAGAUGUCCUUGGUCCCAGGACAGCCCCAGCUCAAUGUGUGUAACCAGGCUGUUAUGAAUUGGGCACCACCAGGCUGUGAAAAAUUAGGAAAGUGUCUGACACCUCCUGAGUCUGUCCCUGAGAAGUGCUCUUGGCCCCAUUAGCCAAGAUCAGAAUCUCCAGCCAGCCCUGCAAGUGCCUAGAAGGCUUUGGCCUUGGGACUGAUGGGCAAAAGAGACCAGCUGUCCUCUGCCCACCCACCACUGGUUGGCUGGCCUCUGCAGCCAGUAGCAAGGGUCCAAGGCUGCAUACACUGGAGACCUGAUCCGGAGUCUGCUCCCUCGCAUUGUGGCCAUCUUCCCAGCUGGCUAUUGAAAGAGAAGUUCUUAGUGCCCUGCUGGCCUUGACCAUGACCCAGUGCUGCAGCCCAGGGUCUGAAGAGCUGUCACUUUGUCUUCUCACUGUGCCUGCAGAUAUUUCAACCUUGGUGUCAUCGACAAAGGUGAAGAUUUCAGUGCUGUGCCAAGGAGCCAACAUCUACCUGGGCAUCAGUCCUCACCCCCAUGUCAACUCCCUGGAGUGACCACCCCCCUUUUCCCACUGGCUGCAAACUAGAGACAAAGAUAUUUCAUUGUCUGGUCCAAGGUGAGGUCAGUCACUGCCCUCAAGAGACAGGAAGAUGACAUCCUAAAUUUCUGGCUCUGGCUCAGCACACUAUGGGACCACUUCUGCUGUACCUGCCUCCUGUCAUGUGCAGGCUACAAGAUAUAAUCUCUAAACCCCUUCCCUGAAGGCUCACGGGAGUUGUCCAUCCUGAACAAGUUCUCACAUCUGUGCAAUGACUGUAGUGCCGAAGCUGAAUUGUGAAGGUUGGAAAAUGAUAAUGAAGAGAGAUUGAGAGAAUAAAUUCCCUUAUAAUAAAUUAUUCUGUUCCAAGAAUAAAUGAACAGGAGAUGUGUUAGGCUGGGCUCCAACUCAGAAAUCCGCCUAUAGCUGCCUCCUGAGUGCUGAGAUUAAAUGUAUAUGCCACCAUGCCCACCUAUCCUGGUAUUUGGAAUAGAGAUGAUGGGAGACAUUGUACAUUAGAUGGCCCAUGUGCCUGUUGUAUGAACUUCUCCUGGAGAGACAUAAACAUCUGUGUGCCUCAGAUAGAAUAUCAAUGACAGACCAAAGGAACCAUUGGGUCCAAUGAGCUCAUUGAUUACAGGAGCAUGGAUGACCCCAAAGCAGCUCCAUCACCCUAACUGAAAGUCUUAAUCCAGCAUGGAUGACAACUUCCCCUUCAGUUAACCUUCCGCGUGUGUGUGUGUGUGUACACGUGUGUGUGUACGUGUGUCUGUACGUGUGUACUCUAGCACCUCCAGAGACCACCGCAAAAGGAAGAAUUGCAGCAGGCAGGGAGGUGGGAGUGAGGAAGAGAUUAGUUGGGAUCUACUAGACCCUCCUCACACCCUCUCCUUUGACAGAACAUAACCCCAAUCUGAAG